GGAAUCCUACGCUAAAAUUGCCAAUCUGACUCGAAACUUCAAGAUGAACAAAGAUUCCUCCUAGACAAGAGGUGCAAUGAGAGAAAGAUCCUGCUGCCCAUGGAUUAUCCAGGCUGGCCCAGAAACUGAACUUGAGAAUCUGAGGGUAAGCACACCCAUUCCCGGGAGAAAGGGCUGUCGUUCGCUUGCUGGAGUGCUGCGCUGAAAUUGCCGAUCUGAAUGCCAAAAUUGAAUACGAACAAAGGUUUCUCCCAGACAGAAGGUGGCUGGGCUCCUGCUGCCCGUGGAGUGCCCAGAACAGCCUAAAACCCAGGCCCUUGACUCUGAGGGUAAGCACUUUCUUUCCUGGGAGAAAGGGCCGUCAUUCGCUUGCAGGAGUCCUGCGCUGAAAUAGCAAGUCUGACUAAUGAAUCUAAACACCGAUGAAGAUUUCUCCCAGGGAGAAGGUGGCAAGACAGAAAGGUUCUGCUACCCAUGGAGUGGCCAGGCUGGCCCACUAACUACACCUGAGACCCCCAGGGUAAGCACUUUCUUUCCUGAGAGAACAGGCUUUUGUUUGCUUGCAGGAGUGCCGCACUGAAAUUGCCAGUCGGACACCAAAAUUCAAAACGAACAAAGAUUGCUGCCAGACAAAAUACGCAAGGAGACAAAACUCCUGGUGUCCAUGGAGUGCCAAGGCCAGCCCACCAACUGCACUUGAGACCCUGAGACUAAGCACUUUGAUUCCUGGGAGAAAGGCUUGUUGUUCACUUACAGGAAUCCUGCACUGAUAUUGCUACUCAGAGUCCCAAACUGACUACAAAUGAAGAUUCCUCCCAGACAAGAGGUGCCAUCAGAGAAAGCUCCUGCUUCCCACAGAUUUCCCAGACCAGCCCACCAGCUGCACCUAAGCCUCUGAGGGAGCCCUGCGCUGAAAUUCCCAGUCCAACUGCAAAAAUUGAAGACAAACAAAGAUUCCUCCCAGACAGAAGGUGGCCGGGCCAAAAGCUCCUUGUACCCGUGGAGUGCCCGGGUCGACCUACAACCCAGACCUUAAAGCCAAGGGUAAGCACUUCCUUUUCUGGGAGAAAGGCCUGUUGUUCGCUUGCAGGAAUCCUGCACUGAUAUUGCUUCUCUGACUUCAAAAUGGAAUAAGAACAAAGAUUCCUCCCAGACAAGAGGUGCCAUCACAGAAAGCUCCUGUUGCCCAUGGAGUGCCCAGGCUACCAUACCAACUGCACUGUGGACCCUGAGGGUAACCUCUUUCUUUCCUGGGAGAACGGGCUGUUGUUCACUUGCAGGAAUUCUGUGAUGAAAUUUCUAGUCUGACUCCAAAAUUGAAUACGGACAAAGAUUCCUCCCAAUCAAAAUGUGCAGAGAGAAAGCUCCUGCUGCCCAUGUAGAUCCCAGGCUGGCCCACAACCUGGACAUUUUACCCUGAGGGUAAGCAUCUUCUUUUCUGGGAGAAUGGCUUGUUGUUUGCUUGCAGGAAUCGUGCACUGAAAUUGCCAGUGCGAUUCCAAAAUUAAAUUCAGACGAAGAUUCCUCUCAAACAGAAGGUGGCUUGACAGGUAGCUGCUGCCGCCCAUAGAGUUCCCAGGCUGACCCACCAAGUGCACCUGAUACCCCUAGGAUAAGCACUUUCCUUCCUGCGAGAAAGGGCUUUUGUUCGCUUGAAGAAAUCCUGCGCUGAAAGUGCCACUCUGACUCCAAAGUUCAAUACGAGCAAAGAUUCCUGCCAGACAAAAGGUGCAAGGACAGAAAGCUCCUGCUGCCCAUGGAGUGCUGAGGAUGCCCUACCAACCUGGACAUUUUACCCUGAGGGUAAGCACGUUCUUUUCUGGGAGAAUGGCUUGUUGUUUGCUUGCAGGAAUCCUGCAAUGAUGUUGCUACUCGGACUCCAAAAUUGAAUAAGAACAAAGAUUCCUUCCAGACAAGAGGUGCCAUCGCAGAAAGCUUCUGCUGCCCGUGGAGCGCCCAGACAGGCCCACCAACUGCAACUAAGCCCCCGAGGGUAAGCGUUUUGCUUUCCUGGGAGAAAGGGCUUUUGUUUGCUUGCAGGAAUCCUGUGCCAAAAUUGCCAGUCUGAAUGCCAAAAUGAAAUAUGGACAAAGAUUCCUCCCCAGUCAAAAUGUGCAGAGAGAAAGCUCUUGCUGCCCAUGUAGAUCCCAAGCUGUCCCACAGCCUGGGCAUUUUACCCUGAGGGUAAGCACUUUCUUUCCUGGGAGAACGGGCUGUUGUUUGCUGUCAGGGGUGGACCAGAAGAGGCCUACAGAGAGUGGCGAGAGAUGCAAAAGAACUACAAAGAAGGCUCAGAAGAAGAGAUCUCUAUCGAAGUCUCCUAGUAACUGCAGCUGCGCAGAACUGCUUGGGACCCAGCUACAAGGCCGCAGCCUUGCAGCUUUUGCAGAUUCCCAUGUCUCUGCCCCCAGGACAAUCCUUCCAUUCUUCCCUAAGCUCUCCCUUCCCCUGGCGUGACCAGACAUAUUCUAUGCAGCCUAUCCCUCCAAGUUCACUUAUCACUAGCUCACGGGAUUUGAGGUUCCCCAGCAAGAAACCCACCUCUAUUCCUGAACCUUCUGUAUCCCCCUGUAUAUAAAUUGUCUUCUUGUUUUAAUAAACGCCAUUUUGUGGGUCACAUACACUUGUGUGUGUGUCCUGUUUCCCAUACAAGAUGUGCCACUGGGUCUGUCGCGGGACCGAACCCCACCCGCGAUAAAUGGCGCUCUGAACGUGGAGCUCGAACUCAUCUUUCUUAUAUUAAGAGAGAUCUUGGCUCCCGUGAGCUACUGAUAGACUUGGAUUUCCGGAGUCCGGUCUAUCCCAAAGACCCCACUCACAGAAGCCACGAGUGGGCUUUGCCCACUCAGUCUUCAGCCGCUGUUACUGCGAGAAACCAGCUGCGUGAGACCCCGGUGCUGGGACAGCCCGUGCCGAGCGAGAGGAACCGGGACCGUGCGCCGCUGCCACCCGAGCAGCGCAGCUGCCCCCCCACCCCUGCCGCCCGGGCAGCCGCCGCUUUGGACGGCACCACCACGCCGAGCCGCCGCGGAACCGCGCCGCGCCGGGAACCAGCGCCCAGCCCCCCUCCACGCCGGGACCCCAGCAGUGCCUCAGCGGAACCGCCCAGGCUCCCGCGAUCCCCACGCCCCCGCACACGCCGCUGGGAAUCGUAGUCGCAGCCCGCUCCAGCGUCAGACUGCGUUUGGAGGACCGCCUCGCUGAAGAUAGCCUGUGAGUGAUCCCAGAAUCCUUUUCUUUUACUUUCAAUAUGGGCAACACACUUUCCAACUCAGAAAAGCAGUUUUAUAAACGCAUUAAAGCCAUACUACUCUUUGAGGGUCACCCCAUAGAUAAAAAGUCCCUCAAAGCUUUAACGAAAUGGCUUUCCAAGAACAAGCUCAUUUCCCCAGAUUUAUUAACCUAUCGGCGGUGGUACAAGCUAGGAGACACGCUGGGACAUGCCUUUGAACAGGGCGAUAAAAAUGCAGGUCUCUCUCUCAUGUCGUGGCGUGCCAUCCUUCCACAUUUGAAAAACCAGAGACAUGCCAAAAGUAACGACGAGAGCCCUACUCUUCCAUCCAAAAAGCCUGAAAAAACUACCAAACCCUGCCCACCGCCCUCACAAGAUGGCGCUGAGAGCCACCCCCCCCACCCUAAAGCGCGUGAAACAGCUAGACACGCCCCCACCCCGGGAUGAGGUCAGCGCACAAAGUGACUCUAGCCCUGACUCCACGCCCCCUCAUUCCCCGAGACCACGCAGCGCCCGCCCCGGGGGGAGGAGCCGGAGGCUGCGUUUCUCUGACUGCGCCCAUGGAUCCCAUGCCGCGAGUAGAAACCCUGCAACAACAGACACUCCAGCCGGUAGCAACACAGGCUGUGACUCCCCUACCGCAAGCAAUAAGUGGCAGGGUCCGAGAAAGCAGGCAGAAGAUGCAGGGGACUUGGAAUUACUGAAAGUUUUCCUGAUUUUCCGAGAAAGCAAUUGGGACCCCGAAUGGGAACCGGUCCCAUACCCCAUCCUACGGGACGCGAAAAAAGCGGUUACAGACUAUGGUUUAAAUUCUCCUUUUGUUUCUGGAAUGCUAGAUUCCUUAUUUGCAGCAUACACCCUGACACCAACUGAUAUACGGGUAAUUACAAAGGGAUUUUAAACCUAAUGCAGUAUUCCCUCUUUGAACAAGAGUGGAAAAAACUCAUAAGGCAAUAUGCUGAGAACUCACACCAUGCACUGCGAGUGCCUGUGGAAGAUUUAAUUAAUGAAUUGUACGGGGAGGGUCCCUACUCCUCCAGCAGAAUGCAGGCAAGGAUACCCUUCGGCAGGCUAGAUAAAACAAAAAGCCUGGCUUUAGAAGCCAUCAAGGCUGUGGCAGAGGCCACAACCACUUCUCCUUCGUUUGCACACAUACAGCAAGGCCUUAAAGAACCCUUUUAUGACUUUGCUACCAGGCUGAGGGAAGCAAUAGCUCGGCAAGUGAAACCUUUAGAGGCCCAAGAUGCCCUGUUUAUCCGAUUAGCUAUAGAACAGGCUAACCGAGAUUGUCAGCCUGUUCUCCGUUCCUUGGUGAACCCCACACCCAUGUCAAUGAUACAAGCCUGUAAAGACGUUGGCUCAAGCAAAUAUGAAAGCAAAAUAAUAGCAGAUGCAUUGAUUGAGGCAGAACCAGUCAGAGUACAAGCCAUCACAGAAGCAAUUAUGGAGGCACACAGAGCUAAUAGUGUGUGCUACAAAUGCCAGCAGGCAGGACACUUUACACGAGACUGCCCUAACCCAGAUCCUAGCCCCAAGUUUCCUAGGACCCUGUGUCCCAUAUGCAAGAAGGGGUAUCACUGGGCACGCUACUGCCGCUCCAUUUUCAACAGAGAUGGGGAGCCAUCCGAGCCAAGGGAUGAGGAUCACCUUAGCCAAAGCUACCAACACAAACACAAUGUGCCUUUCCCUCGACAGCGUGAGUCAUCCUUUUAAAAGCUGUCUCGUGGGUAUACCUGAGUGGAACAGGUUUAUCCAAAACACUUCCCUUGUAGAUAAUUUCCUUCCUUCCCCAGACACUAUUUCCCAAACUCUCCUACGUCUAGGUACCCUAGAUACAGAUCCCCAAGAAUUAGAUCUCUUAGGCUCAUCUGUAGCUACCACUUGCUUUAGCUUCACACCCACUACUAAUCGCCUUACCCUAGAACCUAACAUAUCCCCCAACUCUUCCAUCUAUACUAUCACCACCGCAUGGUGCAAUUACUCCCAACCUUACCCUCUUCCCACUGAACGUUUCUUUAGACCCACAAAACUGCCUUCCACCUACUUUCUUAUCUGUGGUGAUAGAACGUGGCAAGGCAUCCUGAAAAAUCCAGUGGGAGGACCAUAUACCAUUGGAAAACUUACUCUGUACAACCCAGCUAAAUUGCAAAUAAUCAGGAACCAAAUUUCUGACAGACCCAAACUCAUUCGAAACAAAAGAUCCUACAUUUUAAUGCGCACCAAAUCUAGACCACUCCCAGUCGCGCCUGAUUCUAAACCACGGGCACGCAAAGUCCCUCAAAACAAUCCAACCAAAGAGGAUAAACUAAACAUCCAUGUUCCACCAGACUGUGACCCCAAAUUUCAAACUUGGUCCCAUACUCAGAGAUUCUGGGGUAGUUUUCCACUUGCCAACAUUGGUGCAGCCAAAGCCCUCUCCACUCUAGCCCACAUAGCCUGCUGGAUGGCCAGCGAAGCCAAUGCCACUUCCCUUGCCAUUGGGAGCCUGCUAGCAGACACUCUGAAAAUCAAAGAAGCUACUCUCCAAAAUAGAGCAGCCAUUGACGUUUUACUUCUUGCCCACGGCCAUGGUUGCCAAGAAUUUGAAGGGCUGUGUUGUCUGAACUUCUCAGACCACUCUGAGAGUGUGUUCCAAAGCAUCAACACUCUAAAACAACUGGUUAAUGACAUCACCAUAAACCAAGACAAAGGUUUUUCAGGUCUCUUUAGCUGGCUUCACUUUCCUUCUCUUUCUGAUUGGGCCAACAAGAUUGUUAAAGGAAUCAUUUUGUUUCUAAUUAUCACUUUCUCCAUCCUUGUCUUCCUUCUCUGUCUAAUUUUUUGUGUUAAAAAAUACAUAACUAAAAGUUUUUCCCAAGCUUUUCCAGUCUUGAAAAACAGAGAAGGGGGAAAUGUCAGGGGUGGACCAGAAGAGGCCUACAGGAGUGGCGAGAGAUGCAAAAGAACUACAAAGAAGGCUCAGAAGAAGAGAUCUCUAUCGAAGUCUCCUAGUAACUGCAGCUGCGCAGAACUGCUUGGGACCCAGCUACAAGGCCGCAGCCUUGCAGCUUUUGCAGAUUCCCAUGUCUCUGCCCCCAGGACAAUCCUUCCAUUCUUCCCUAAGCUCUCCCUUCCCCUGGCGUGACCAGACAUAUUCUAUGCAGCCUAUCCCUCCAAGUUCACUUAUCACUAGCUCACGGGAUUUGAGGUUCCCCAGCAAGAAACCCACCUCUAUUCCUGAACCUUCUGUAUCCCCCUGUAUAUAAACUGUCUUCUUGUUUUAAUAAACGCCAUUUUGUGGGUCACAUA